AUGCAGGUUUACAGCUGUGUUAGUAAGAUUGGAUCAGCGGGUCCAGACUCGAUUGGUAGUCAUUACAAUUAUCAAGACCACGACAGACAAGUAACAUUGUUUAGCGGUAUUCAACUGUGGACAGUGCCACGCAAUGGUGAUUACAGGAUAGAAGCAAUAGGAACCUCAGGGGGGUACGGGAAUGGAGGGAACAACUCGUCACUGGGGUCAGGAGGAAGCCACGGACAUGGAGGAAAAACUAGUGGUAAAUUUGCAGAUAAGCGGAGAAAUAAGAAAAAAAAAAAACCAAUCAGUAUAUUCAAUCCACCAGGACAGGAAGACGACAGUGGCGGCGGCGGCGGCUGGGGCUUCUACAAUAAUGGACAAGAUACACAGUACUCUAAAAAUAAAGGAGGUAAAGGAUAUCUUCAAGGAGGAGUGGGUGUAAAUGCUACGGGUGGUUUCGGAGGGGGAGGUGGUUUACGUGGAGGCAACCAUGGAGCUGGAGGUUAUUCUGUAGGAAAUGGUGGAGCUGAUGAACAGUUCUCCUGUGGGGGAGGGGGUGGAUCUUUUAACAAUGGGACAAAUCAGUAA